CAGCUUUCACUUCCUCCAACAUUCUGAAGAACAGAACCUUUAAAAAACCUUCUUAGAGCCAGUGCUGAGACAGGGAAGAAUAUUUUACUUGCAGUCAGCAAGCACAGCAGCAGGUCAGCUCCAGAGGAAACCAUCAGCACUAUGGAGGAUGAUAGAAACAACCUUCUUGCCAAUCAACAGCAACCCACUGAGACAGCUGUAUAUGCCGGCACUGUAGAACAGCAGCAGCGGAGUUCUUCCAACCGUAAAGCUGCCUACACCGUCUUUACCAUACUGGCAGUCUUGCUGUUUGCAGGCCAGGCGUUUACUGCCUAUUUCGUGUAUCAGCACACAAACAAGAUUUCCAAGCUAACUACAGACACCCGGAACCUGCAACUGGAAUCAAUGAGCAAAAAUCUUCCUCACAAAUCCAAGCCAGUUGGCCAGAUGAAAAUGCCAAUGGUCAAUAUGAUGCCACUGGCCAUGAGGGACCUAUCCAGUGCACCAGAGUCUUUGGAGGAGUCAAACCAGCUGAGCAAUAGUACUGAAGACAUGGUUAAACGCUUGCUUCUGAUGGGGGACCCCACCAGGAAAUUUCCUAAACUGGAGAAGUCAUUCAUGGACAAUAUGAUUCAGCUCAAGAAAACCAUGAACUACAAUGACUGGAACUCCUUUGAAAUCUGGAUGCACAAGUGGCUUCUCUUUCAAAUGGCCCAAACUAAUCCCCCAGAAAAAAUGCAAGCAGUAAAAGUGCAAACCAAGUGUCAGGCAGAAGCAAGUGUUAAGGGUGUCCAUCCAGGAAAGUUCCGUCCCCGAUGUGAUGAAAGUGGUGAUUACCUGCCUAAGCAGUGCAAUCACAGCACUGGGUAUUGCUGGUGUGCCUACAAAAAUGGUACCAAGAUUGAGGGUACUGAAAAACGUGAGCCACUGGACUGCACUGGAAUGUCGCAAAUUUUGGAUCCUGAGAAUGUGACAUACUCAGGGCAGGAUCUUCUACAACUGAACUAAAAAGUGCCAAGUAGAGCAUGAAGGCAAUGUCAACCACAUCAGUUCACAAAGUUUGGCUUUUCUCCAGCUUGCUCUUUUGUUUCGCCAUGCUUCUCUAUUGAUUUUUUGUAUAAGCAACUACUUACCAAAUUCCUACACUUUGGCAUUUUCCUUAAUGGGCAGUGGGUGUAGUUUGAUUAAGUAUCAUUGGUUGUCGAGUUCAUCCCUGAAUUAUCUUCUUGCAGAAAUUAACCAUGUGCAGUAAGGACUGAAAAACAAAAGGCUUUGCAGUGAAGAAAUAUGUUCCUUUUAACAUUCACACAGAAAAUGAGGGAGGAUCUUUUUUGUUGUUGUGUUAAAUAAAGCCCUUAAUGAUUUUUGUAGCUAAUCAGCCUACACAAGCAGGGUAGUAGUCCCUGCAAGUAUCUGGGAAAUGAUGGGAUUAGCAUAGGUACAACAGAUUCUGAAAUACAAACUCUAUGUCCUUGACCCAUAACAAACAAGGAGCAACGUUCAUUUCCAAACUAUUGAACUCUGAAUUCACUGCAUGAAUGGAGUUGAGAUGCCCUCUAGAGGGAAGGUUGUAUUGCUGCAUGUAAGGGUUAAAUAUAAUAUUAAAGGGAAAAUUUUGUGAAUCUUGCAGGUAAUGCCCAGUAUAUUUGCCUAGCAAACUGGGUUGGACACCCUUAAACAGUGCCAGUUUAGCCCAUGAGCUGCCUUAAAGAAGCAUCUAGGAUAUGAGCGGUGGAAUUAUAGAUAAGGACACAGCUAACACUUAUGCUACAGAGCAGGCUUCUUCUCUCUCAUCCAGAGCAGGUAUAAUCAUGUAAGCAAGCAAAGUAGUGUUUUUAUCUAUAAACAACAGAUAAGACUUAACUAUUCAAAUCUUAUUAUAUGGCAUGGUAAAUAUGUAGUUUGAAUGUGUGAUCAGUCCUUUGUGAAUAUUUUUAACAAUUGUGAUGAUUUUAAUUAUAGGCCUUAGAAAAAUAAAAAUAACCACUAAUGAAAAGGUA